UCACCUUGUCUGCUGCUUCAGCAAACUAGUGCCACAUAUCUUCAUUUAGGACACAGGAACAUUCGCACGCUGUACACUUUUAUAAACCUGUGGACGUGCCUUCACUGAAGGUGUUACAGCAGCAAAUAUGUCAGUGAUAGUGUUUUAUUCCAGUGUGAGUGGUUCUCUGGAGGUGAAAAAGAAACAAGACAGGAUCAUGUCUGUUCUGAGUUCCAAGAAGAUCCCCUUCAAAACCGUGGACAUUUCUCAGAAUUCUGAAAGCAAAGACUUAAUGAGGAAGAGGGCAGGGGACCCGACUGCACUGCCCCCACAAAUAUGCAAUGGAGAUGCUUACUGUGGAGACUUCACUGCAUUUGAAAAUGCUAUUGAGAUGGAACAAUUGGAGAAGUUCCUUAAACUCUAAAGAGAAUGGUGGCCACCAACGAUCAUCACUUUGUUAGCAUUACAAACACUACAAGAGUAUAAUGCUUUGUUUGUAUAUGAUAAAAACUGAUCAAACAAAAUGCCAAUAUUUCCAAUAUGUAAAUGUUUUUCCAUUUGAGGCUUUAUAAGAAAAUGUAUAUGGGUUUUUGAUAAGCAUCUGUGAAACAUCUGCAUUAGAUUGAGAUUCAGAAAUACUUAUUAAUACCCAGGAGAAUUUUUUUUUUUAUGUUUUACUAAAAUAAAGUGUCUUAAAACA